AUUUUCGCAUUAUUUGGGGGCGGCAAGUUAACUUCACUCAUAUUAAUAACGUACUAAAAACUUUUAAUAAGAUUCGGUUUUUCGUAUAUCAGAAAACAAAUGUGGUGCUAGACUUUUAAAAUUUCGACUUUUUGUUAAUUGUGAUGGAGCACGUUUUAGUUUUCUUCUAAUAUAGUAAAAUUAAUUGUUGUGCCUUACAUUGUUUUGUCGAACUUAUACAACUUUCUGUAAAAUUGUUUGCAGUAACACUACUAGGUUAAACGCGACAGUUAAACCAGUGAAUGAAGAAAUCACUCAUCUACUCAAAGUUAUUUAAAGUGGUGGACAAUGAAUCGAGGGAAGAAACCAGUGCACGUGUGACCUAGACGUAGGCCUAUGUGUCGAACUGUGUUGACUGGCGUCUUCCAUGGAGAACCUUAGACAGCCUAGCGUCUUCUCCAUAGAAACUCUUCUCUGCAAGGACGACAAACAGGAGAGAGGGCCAGGACUUCCACCCUCGCAGUGGAACUAUACACCCUGCCCCGAUACCAGUACGGGUACAACCUGCGGCGUAGGAGAUGUCUGGCAGCUGGAGGGCGAGGACGUAGUAUCCACCACCACCGAAUCCGUCGACAUACCCAAGGACUCGGACACCAAAGACUGCACGUCGGACUCCAGAUUAAAAAGUAGCGCGGGCUACGAAGACCGCAAGAAGAGAGCGAGGACAGCGUUCACGGCGGCUCAGAUCAAGCUGCUGGAGGCAGAGUUCGAGAAGAGCAAAUAUCUGUCAGUGAGCAAGAGAUUACAGUUGUCCAAGGCCCUCAUGCUGACAGAGACUCAGAUCAAAAUAUGGUUUCAAAAUAGGCGAACAAAGUGGAAAAGAAAAUACACAAAUGAUUUGGAAAUGCUUGCUCUUCAAUACUGCAGUUCAAUGGGAGUGCUGGCUCCUCGCCCCCUCUUCCUAGGAGACCGUCUGUGGUUUUUCAAUCAUCCAGACCUAAACAAUGUACCUGGUAAUGGGGGACCCCCACUAGUAAUACCAGCACCACAGCCCUCCUCUAGGCCCCCACCAUACUUCUACCCAGUGGUAGGGCUACCAGGGGGAUUCCAGCCCCCAGUCCUGGGGGAGUGAGCUCUAGAAGAAAUACCACAACAUAUUACAUCAACUAGUGCGAAUUAAUUAUAAUAUUUUUACACUCACAUAUUUUUCUAAUCCAAACGGCUUUGAAUUUAUAUAAAUAUUUAAGUAGAAAUGUCUUAAAACAAUGUUAUUGUAUUAAUUAAUAAACACUGUGUGUAUGUAAAAGUUUUUUUACCU